AUGCAGCUCCCACCGAUGCAGCCUCCACCGCCGCCGCCGCCGCUCGACGCUCCUCCGCCGCCGCCGCCCAGCGCAGACGCACCGCCGCCGCCGCCGCCGCCGCCCGAGGACGAGUCGCUGCGGCCGGCGCUGCAGCCAAAGCGGGCCAAGAAGGGAUGGGCGUCGCAGAACAAGCAGCCGCCGAGCAUCGACGACCUGCUGCAGGCGAAGCGCGCAAAGGAGGCGGCGGCCGCCAAGCCCAGGUUCCUGUCCAAAGCCGAGCGCGCGCGCAUCGCGCUGGAGAGGCAGCAGAAGGAUCUCGAUGAGGCGCGCAGGCGGGAGGGCGCAGACACUGGGCGAGCGGCCGCUGCGGUCCCCACGGGGCCGCGGGCGAUGCGGCAGGAGACGCCCAAGGCAUCGCGGGACGGGCGCGGCAGAGAAGCGGCGGCCGACAAGGCCGACAAGGCCGACAAGGCCGACAGGCAAGCGGCGCCGGACGCCGAGGCGGCGCUGGUCCGCACGCGCUACAUGGGCGCGGCGCAGAAGCAGUCGACCUUCUCGGCGCAGAAGAAGCGCAAGCGCACGACGGAGAAGAAGUUCAACUUUGAGUGGAACGAGGACGAGGACACGAGCCGCGACUACAACCCCAUCUACCAGCAGCGCGCCGAGGCGCAUUUCUUCGGCCGCGGCAAGCUGGGCGGCUUCACCGACGACGCCAGCGCGCGCAGCGCGCAGCACUUUGUCGCGGCGCUGGCCGAGGCCGACCCCGAGUCCGGCCGCGCGCGCGCCGAGGCCGUCCUGGCCAUGGAGCGCCGGCGCCGCGAGGACGGCUCGCGGGCGCAGCUCGACAAGCACUGGAGCGAGAAGAAGCUCGAGCACAUGCGCGAGCGCGACUGGCGCAUCUUCAAGGAGGACUUCAACAUUGCCACAAAGGGCGGCGCGAUCCCGAAUCCCAUGCGCACGUGGGACGAGGCGGGCCUGCCCGACUCGCUCAUGCGCAUCGUCGAGCGCGCGGGGUACACGGAGCCGUCGGCCAUCCAGCGCGCGGCCAUCCCCAUCGCCCUGCAGUGCCGCGACCUGAUUGGCGUCGCCGUCACGGGGUCGGGUAAAACGGCCGCCUUUGUGCUGCCGCUGCUCGUCUACAUCAGCCAGCUGCCGCCGCUGGGCCCCGCGAACCGCAACGACGGGCCGUACGCCCUGAUCCUCGCGCCGACGCGCGAGCUGGCCCAGCAGAUUGACGUCGAGGCCAGGAAGUUUGCCGCCCCGCUCGGCUUCCGCACCGCCGUCAUCGUCGGCGGCCACAGCAUCGAGGAGCAGGCCUUCCAGAUGCGCGACGGCGUCGAGAUCAUCAUCGCGACGCCCGGCCGGCUCGUCGACUGCAUCGAGCGCCGCGUGCUGGUGCUCUCGCAGUGCGCCUACGUCAUCAUGGACGAGGCCGACCGCAUGAUCGACAUGGGCUUCGAGGAGCCCGUCAACAAGAUCCUCGACGCCCUGCCCGUCGGCAACGAGAAGCCCGACGACGACCGCGCAGAGGACCCGGACGCCAUGAAGCGCGGCCUCUACCGCCAGACGAUGAUGUACACAGCCACCAUGCCCACCGCCGUCGAGCGCAUCGCGCGCAAGUACCUGCGCCGCCCGGCCCUCGUCACAAUCGGCAACGCCGGCGAGGCCGUCGAGACGGUCGAGCAGCGCGUCGAGUUUGUGCCCGGCGAAGACAAGCGCAAGAAACGCCUCGCCGAGCUCCUCUCCUCGGGCGCCUUUGCACCGCCCAUCAUCGUCUUUGUCAACAUCAAACGCAACUGCGACGCCGUCGCCCGCGACAUCAAACACAUGGGCUUCUCCGCCGUCACCCUGCACGGCUCCAAAACCCAGGACCAGCGCGAGGCCGCCCUGCAAGCCCUCCGCGACGCGCGCGCAGACGUCCUCGUCGCCACCGACCUCGCAGGCCGCGGUAUCGAUGUCCCCGACGUGAGUCUCGUCGUGAACUUCAACAUGGCGACUAGCAUCGAGAGCUACACGCAUCGCAUUGGCCGUACGGGACGCGCGGGUAAGAGCGGUGUUGCGGUUACGUUUCUGGGGAAUGAGGACACCGAUCUCUUUUACGAUCUCAAGCAGAUGCUGAGUAAGAGCGAGAUUAGCAAGGUGCCCGAGGAGUUGAGGAAACACGAGGCUGCGCAGCAGAAGGGGAGGAGGAAGGAGGGGAAGAGUGUGUUGACGUAG